GGGCUGGCAUGAGGGUGAGUAAAUAAUGAGAGAACUUUCAUAUUUGGUGAACAAUCCCUUUAAGUAACAUCACACCCUCAGUGUAGAACGUGUCAAUUUAAGGAAUAUUCUGGGUUUAAUACAAGUUAAUAAAAAUUGACAGCAUUUGUGGCAUAAUGUUGAUUACCACAAAAAUUAAUUUCGACUCGUUUCUCCUUUUCUAACACACUCUCACGGCGAAAUCGUCAUGAUUCAUACAACUUUUCUUAAUUUGGCUAAUUCGUAUGAUAUCGUGCAACUGCACUCGUUUGGUUUUCUACGACUUUUACUACAGCCAAUGAGAUCGCUGGACAUUGUUUCCAUCUAAUAUGUGACAAUUACAUGCUUCUGUCACACAACAGCUUCCUAUCAUGUUUACACACUCUACUGAUUAGUUACGUUUACAGUUGAAGUCAGAAGUUUACAUACACCUUAGCCAAAUACAUUUAAACUCAGUUUUUCACAAUUCCUGACAUUUAAUCGUAGAAAACGUUCCCUGUCUUAUGUCAGUUAGGAUCACUACUUUAUUUUAAGAAUGUGAAAUGUCAGAAUAAUAGUAGAGAGAAUGAUUUAUUUCAGCUGUUAUUUCUUUCAUCACAUUCCCAGUGGGUCAGAAGUUUACAUACACUUUGUUAGUAUUUGGUAGCAUUGCCUUUAAAUUGUUUAACUUGGUUCAGAUAUUUUGGGUAGCCUUCCACAAGCUUCACACAAUAAGUUGCUGGAAUUUUGGCCCAUUCCUCCAGACAGAACUGGUGUAACUGAGUCAGGUUUGUAGGCCUCCUUGCUCGCACACACUUUUUCAGUUCUGCCCACAACUUUUCUAUUGGAUUGAGGUCAGGGCUUUGUGAUGGCCACUCCAAAUCCUUGACUUUGUUGUCCUUAAGCCAUUUUGCCACAACUUUGGAAGUAUGCUUGGGGUCAUUGUCCAUUUGGAAGACCCAUUUAGCUUUAACUUCCUAGCUGAUGUCUUGAGAUGUUGCUUCAAUAUAUCCACAUAAUUUUACUUCCUCAUGAUAUCAUCUAUUUUGUGAAGUGCCCCAGUCCCUCCUACAGCAAAGCACCCCCACAACAUGAUGCUGCCACCCCCAUGCUUCACAGUUGGUAUGGUGUUCUUCAGCUUGCAAGCCUCACCAUUUUUCCUCCAAACAAUUAUGAAAAAGUUCCAUUUUUAUUUCAACAGACCAGAGGAAAUUUCUCCAAAUAGGAAGAUCUUUCUCCCCAUGUGCUUUUUUAUGGUGGUUUUGGAGCAUUGGCUCCUUCCUUGCUGAGCAGCCUUUCAGGUUAUGUCGAUAUAGGACUCGUUUUACUGUGGAUAUAGAUUCUUGUCAACCUGUUUCCUCCAGCAUCUUCACAAGGUCCUUUGCUGUUGUUCUGGGAUUGAUUUGCACUUUUCGCACCAAACUACGUUCAUCUCUAGGAGGCAGAAUGCGUCUCCUUCCUGAGCAAUAUGAUGGUUGCGUUGUCCCAUGGUGUUCAUACUUGCAUACUAUUGUUUGUACAGAUGAAUGUGGUACCUUCAGGUGUUUGGAAAUUGCUCCCAAUGAUGAACCAGAUUUGUGGAGGUCCACAAUUUUUUUCUGAGGUCUUGGCUGUUUUUCUUUCUUUUUUUUUGUUUCAUGAUGUCAAGCAAAGAGGCACUGAGUUUGAAGGUAGGCCUUAAAAUACAUCCACAGAUACACCUCCAAUUCAGUACACCACCUAUCAGAAGCUAAUUGGCUAAUUGUCUAAAGGCUUGACAUCAUUUUCUGGAAUUCUCCAAUCUGCUUAAAGGCACAGUUAACUUAGCGUAUGUAAACUUCUGACCCACUGAAAUUCUGAUAUUGUCAAUUAAAAGUGAAACAAUCUGUCUGUAAACAGUUGCUGGAAAAAUUACUUGUGUCAUGCACAAAGUAAGUGUCCUAAACAACUUGCCAAAACUAUAGUUUGCUAAUAUUAAAUCUGUGGAGUGGUUAAAAAAUGAGUUUUAAUGACUUCAGCCUAAGUGUAUGUAAACUUCUGACUUCAACUAGAUAAGGGGUUUGGGUAAGGGCAUAAUAUUAAUAAGGAUGUCCUUAUCGCCUCGUGCGCGGAAUUCUCGCUUCCGAAUUAGAAAUCCGGGAAUUUGCACGUGAUGAAUUCGUACGAGUUUAUGCGAACAACAUUUUGCGAGACCAUACGAAAUAGCCAACUCGUAAAUUAUGGAUGAAUUUUCAUGAGAUCGGGUUGCCUUUUCUUAAAAAAAAAAGGGGGAAAAAAAGAAAAAAUCGAGGUCACAGUGAGGCACUUACAAUGGAAGUGAAUGGGACCAAUUUUUGGAGGGUUUAAACACAGAAAUGAGAAGCUUUUAUAAAAGGAUUUACAUGAAUUCUUCUGCUAAAACUUGUGUAUUAUUUGAGCUGCAAAGUUGUUUAAAUUGUCAUUUUAGGGUUUUAGUGUUUAUGGCAUUACAUGGUACUGGCGCACUAUGGCUGCUGUCACAUCAUCCAGGUGGAUGCUGCACACUGGUGGUGGUUGAGGAGAGUCCCCUGUUCACAAUGUAAAGCACUUUGAGUGUAGUGUCAGAAAACCGCUAUAUAAAUGUAAUGUUCAUUCAUUUAUUCAACUUAGUUGUAAUACUGGCUAUAACUUUACACAGAAAAGAUUAACAAGCUAUUUUUACACACUAAAAUCAUUUAAAAACACAUAUUUGUGGCAAUAAUUUUUAAAAGUGAGUAUUAAACGUUUACAGAUUGUCCCAUUCACUUCCAUUGUAAAUGCUUCACUGUAACUUUGAUUUUUUUUUUUUUUUUUUUUUUUUUUUUUUAUAAAAGAAAAUGAAGGACGAGUCGAAAUAAAUUUUUGUGGUAAUCAACAUACUGCCAUAAGUACCGAUGAUUGAUCUUAACUUGAAUUGAACCCGGAAUAUUCCUUUAAAGACUGGCCUUCAUAAAUGCUGCUGUUUGUAUAUAGUUUACCAAUGGAUUUGUUGCUCUUCAUUUUUUUUUUUUUUUUUUUUUUUUUUUUUUAUGACAUCCUUUUUCCACCCUCUUCAAUCUAUCUGGCUCAAUAAAGCAGAAAAACACUUUGCAUAGGUUAGCCUUCUCAUCGGCUUGAACAUCGCCGAACUAGACUGCAUUUCUGGACCUCUCAGCUCAUUUGCAAAAAAAAAAAAAAAAAAGGGCUGUCUAGGAAGCUCACUUGGUUAUGAGGCAUAGUCAGAUGUGAGGCAAUUUUUCCUUUCGCUCAUUCAUAGUCAAAGCAAACAGAAGUGCGGUGAUCACAUGAUCGUGUGCGGUCUUGAAGCGCGCGUGCUGUCUCAUCAUUGACGAGUUGUCCUCUGCUGUACUGUCAUUUCUCUAUGGUUAUGGGCGAAGUGUGCCCAAGUUCUUAAACAAUAUUUGAAGAAAUGAUGCAUGAAUCCACGGUAGCCCAGAGCAUUUUGGUGACCAUGAAUCAGAGUGGGAAAGAGCCCUGCGAAAUACCAUUUAAGGAGGACCGCAUUCCUUUAAUGGUGCUGUACAUUUUGGUUUUUGUCAUUGGUCUCCCAGCCAACAUUGCCACAGUCUAUCUCACCCUCCACCAGGUCUGUCGCAAGAACGUCCUCGGCAUCUACCUGCUAAGCCUGUCCUUGUGCGAUCUCACCUACCUCUUCACGCUUCCUAUGUGGGCUGUGUACAUCAACAGAGACCACGUAUGGCCCUGGUCCUCUAUGGCUUGUAAAGUGACUGGCUUUGUCUUUUUCACCAACAUGUACAUCAGCAUCUUUCUGCUCUGCUGUGUGUCCAUAGACCGCUACGUGGCGGUGGUCUAUGCCAUUGAAUCUCGGGGUCUUCGUCAGAGAAGGAUUGCCACUCUUGUAGCUUUUUCCAUCUACAUGGUGGUGGGCUUGGGCCAUGUGCCGGUCUUUAUAAUGCGUGAGGGGAAUGCUGCCGAGGGCAGUCAACGCUGCUUUGAGCCUGGCCAGAGCACUGCAACAGUUACGGGAUUCAACUAUGCUCGCUUUUGCAUUGGCUUUUGUGCUCCACUGGCCAUCCUGAUCUUCACUAACAGGGCCAUUCUUGCCAAUGUGAGGGCCAGCACAGGACUCCGACCACACCAGAAAGAGAGAGUGCGCUACCUUGCUGUGGCAGUGGUGUUGCUGUUUUUGAUCUGUUUCGCUCCAUACCACAUUAUCUUGCUCAUACGCGCCAUUACCUUCCAUUUCCCCAAGCUGCAGGAUGAAUGUCAAUUUCAAGAGCGCAUCUACAUACCCUACAAAAUCUCUCUGGGCCUGUCCACUUUCAACAGCGCCUUUAAUCCCAUUCUCUACGUGCUCUCCAGCAAUAAUAUCCGUAAGGAGAUAAGAAAUGGCAUGGCAGCACUGUGUAACAGAGUCAUCUUGGGUCAGCGCUCGACACACAGUAGCCAGAACAACAUGCACACUUCCAAAAGCAAUUCAGACCACAUCCCCACAAAGGGGGAUGAAAUGAGGACAGCUUGUCUUAGCCCAAGCUAACUGUAAAAUCAUUAGACACUGGUGCUCAUUUUCUUAACGUGCUAUCACUUGGAACUGAAAAAUGUUAUGAUUAGAAAAGGAACAUUUUGUUUUGUAUAAACAACAGGACAUGGAGCAAUCGUGCAGCAGCUGCAAAUGAGACAAAUAUCUUGAAAAAAUGUGAAUUUCCUGUCAUUUUAUUUUGUGUUGAAGACACAAAAAGAAAGGAUCUCAUGGUAAGAGCAUCUCUGUAGUAUUUUAAACCUCUGCUAUUUCAGGUCACAAAUUGUUUCCUUCAAUCUGUUUGCUCUAAGCUUUUGAAUAUCUUACAUUUGAUGUCUGUAUAAAGGAUUGUAAAUGUAAGAUAAGAAUCUCCAGACCGUAUUGAUAGGUUCAAAAUAGUCUUGCAGAGCUACUGGCCUUGACUAUUAGCAUAAAGUCUGGUCCACUUUGCAGCUAAUUCUGGCCAAGAAGCACUCACAACUGAUAGGAAGUGGCCAUCUGACCAUGUAUAAACCAGCUAUGGUUGGCCAUUUAUUUUUGUGUGGUUGUUUUUACAGGGUGAGUUAAAGUGAACGGCAAUACACUGGCAUGGAAAUUUUUUUUUUUUAAAUAAUGGCACAGCAGUUUUGGUCCACAAGCGAAUGUUCACAAAGCAUGAAAAUUUGCCAAACAUGUGUUUAAAAUUUGUGGCAAUAAUUUAUGUCCAUCUAAAUUAGUACCUACUACCUAUUAAUGCACAGACAUAAAGCAGAAUAUAAAGGAAUGUUCUGUUUGUUGAUAUUGCUACUACAGUAAGUUCCUCAAACAUAACUAUUUUAGUUCUUCCUCAAAGGUGCUUAUUAGGCUUGGGAUUGAUACCUUUUUACACAUCAAUUUUUUUUCAGAUAUAAAUUGGGCUGCUCGUUGCACAAUAGUCUUUAUCUUUUCAAAAAUAAUUCUCAACACAACGUUGGUGAAGUGUGAGCAGCAGGGUUAAUUAAAAGGACACCGGAUGUGUCUGACAUGGCACGUUCUAAAAUUCUAAACAAUUAUUUUCUACAGGUACGCACACAUCACCAAUGUGCAGCGCCAAACUUCUGCAGUGUCACGGAGCGCAUUCAAAUCAUUAUCAAAGGACAAAGAUUAUUUACUCUAGUCAUUACUGGAUGAUACAGCAUAUUGUGUAUAUGUAUCUUUCAUAUAGCCUACACAAUGUAUUUUCACAAAGUAUGUCAUUUUGUGGAUUGAUGGCUUGAAUGAAUGACCUAUUCAAGGCUACAUACAUAGAAAUUGCAUAAGAAACGUCACCAUUUCUAAUCGUUUAGUUUUCACAGUUACACCAGUUUCACACACUAACCUGCAAACUCAUCAAUGUCUCUGUUAAUAAAAAGUACAAAAACCUUUGUAACUUUGGACCACCGCUUCAGCUCAUCCUGUGUGUGUGUGUGUGUGUGUGUGUGUGUGAUCGUGACCAGGACCAGCUUCAGUGAAUGUUCUAUCACCCUCAUGUGGUCUCCCAACACUAUUACACCAGACUGUUUUUUUUCUUUCUCCCCUUUUCUCCCCAAUAUGGAAUGCCCAAUUCCCAAUACACUCUAAGUCCUCGUGGUGACAUAGUGACUCGCCUCAAUCCGGGUGGUGGAGGACAAAUCUCAGUUGCCUCCACGUCUAAGACCGUCAAUCCGCGCAUCUUAUCACGUGGCUUGUUGAGUGCGUUACCACGGAGACGUAUCACGUGUGGAGGCCCAUGCUAUUCUCCAUGGCAUCCACGCACAACUCACCACACGCCCCACUGAGAGUGAGAACCACACAUUAUAGAGACCACGAGGAGGUUACCCCAUGUGACUCUACCCUCCCUAGCAACCAGGCCAAUUUGGAUGCAUAGGAGACCUGGCUGGAGUCACUCAGCACGCCCUGGAUUCGAACUCGCGACUCAAGGGGUGGUAGUCAGCGUCAAUACUCGCUGAGCUACCCAGGCCCCCUGCACCAGACUGUUAAACGGAGGCCAACAGAGUGAAUUGGAAAGCGUGCAAAUUAGUCUUUAAAUAUCAGCUAAAUUUAAUAUAUCAGUGCCUCAAAAAUGUAUCGUUAAAGUAAUGUGCCGAUCAAUAAUCAAUAUAUCUAUAUUUCAUGACAUCCCUAGUGCUCAUUGUAGCCCAAUACCUUGUAAACAUGAGUUUGUUUCCAGUUGAACUGCUUAUAACCUGUGCACCAUGACUCCAGGAAGUUGAGUAAAGCCAGUGGAUCAGAUUGGAGCAUGCGAUUUUGGCAGGUACUUGCCAUUUUUGUGUGCAAUAUGCAUCAGGCGGUCAGUGAACGGUCUGUCUGAGGCUGGGACAAAGCUUGCAACUGUAUACAGUAUCAUGGUUUUCCAUUGUCAACUAAUUUAAUGAAACUGCAGUGUUUUUGAAAGUAAAUUUAACAUGUUUAUGUUGAAUGGCAUGCCUUUUGAGUGUUGACUGUUUUGUUUCGAUGGAAGUUUUUCAUAUUUUCUCAACAGUUUAUUAUAAUUAUACAAACUUAGUGUAUAUAAUUUCUAUAAAUUGUUGUUCUCAAAUUUUAUAAUGGAUGUUUUUUGCUUUAUGAUGAAUUUGACAUUUUUUGUGCAUGCUAUUUUAAUGAAUGUCACAAUGAUUCAUGAACAACAUUUUAUGAACAUCUACAGUAAUAUAUGGCUGAACAUCUACUGUAUUUUGUGUGUAAAAAGAUUUUUUAGGUGGAAAUCUCAUUAUUUUGUUUGGUUUUGAAGUCAAUUAAAUCUCCUAUUAGAAAUAAGACUUUCAUAAUUUGCAGUCAUGCGUUUUUGGCUACAUUACACUACACUACAUAAAUUUAACCCAUACAGAAAUAAAAUAUAUGGACAUAUAUUUCAUGGUUUCAUGUUCAUGGUUUUCACAUAUAAAAAGUAACAUUCUUGUACAUAUAAACAACAUAUAUUUCAAAAUACUUCAAAUAUGUUUGAACAAAAAAGUUUUUCCAAAUAAUAGUGGAAUUUGAAUAUAUUAUGGCCAUAUAUCAGAUUUCUGUAUGUGAAGUGAAAUUAAAAGAGAGUUAUAAAGUUGUUAAUAAAG